AUGACGGAGUCAUUCUACUCUACGUACCCUCCGAAGCUGAGUGAGACACAAGAGCAAUUUUUAGUCUCAACAAUCAAGGACUGGACAAUACAACAUGGUCUAACUGUCAGGCCUGCCGCAACAUUUGUCUCCCAAGAGGCUGUCUCGAAAGGAGUACUGGCAACCAAUGCGCCAGUCACGCUGUUCCCUAGUCCAUUCCCAAAGGCUUGCUUUGAAGAGGCAAGAGCGGUACAGAAAGUGUAUAAUGAGUUAUAUGCGCGGAUUACAAGUGAUGAGAAGUGGCUAGGGGAAGUGAUUGAAGAGCUGAUCGACGUCGACGACUUUGUGGCUGGACUUUGGAAGGUUCACCAGGCUGUAUCAAGGGAGGGAUAUGUGCAAGAUCUGUCUGUUGGUCUAUUCCGGUCUGACUACAUGGUGCAUACACUGGGCUCCGAGACCGCAUCAUUGAAGCAAGUAGAAUUCAAUACAAUCUCUUCCUCAUUUGGCGGCCUGUCUUGUCGUGUAGCAGCCCUACAUACAGAACUGUUGCAAUCACCACCCGGCCACUCGUUGAGCUAUCCGGAGCAUCCUUUACUUGAUGGAAGAGUUCCACCGCAAAAUACAGCUGUCGAAACGCUCAGUGCAGGGCUAGCCGCGGCACACGAAGCCUAUGGGCAAUCAAAGUCGUCGCCAGCUCUACCUCUCGGCAUUUUAUUCGUUGUCCAAGAAGGCGAGCGCAACAUAUUUGAUCAGCUAGCACUCUCUACACGACUGACACAAUUUCACAAAAUUCCCGUGUUUCGAUUGCUGACGAGCGAGAUUUUGGACCGAACAUCUAUACAAGAAGACAAUCCAUCUAGACCCUUGAUAUACAUACCACCUCAUGCGCAGGGAACUCCAUUUGAAAUAACGACCGUCUACUUGAGAAGCUUCUACGCACCUACUGACUACAAGACCGACCGGGACUGGAGUGCUCGACUUCAACUGGAACGCUCUGCAGCAAUCAAGUGCCCUACUGUCCUCAACCAACUCUCUGGUUGCAAAAAGAUUCAGCAGGUCCUUGCAGACCCGAACAAACCAGAUUAUCUUGCAAGAUUCAUACCUACAGCAGAGUCAGAUGGGAUCCAAGAGAAACUUCGUAAGACAUUUGCUCCGCAAUACGACCUUUCGGCCAAUGGACGCGGCAGAGAGCUCGCUCUCAACCCCGAGACAGCGGCGCACCAUGUUCUCAAACCGCAAAGAGAAGGCGGCGGUAACAAUGUAUACAAAGAAGCCAUACCAGAAUUCCUGAAAUCGAUACCGGAAAGUGACUGGAAAGGUUAUGUGUUGAUGGAGCUGAUCCAACCGCCGUCGGAAGCGAGCAACGUGGUACUGCGUAGCGAUGGGGAGGUUGUUAGUGGCAAUGUCGUUGGGGAGCUAGGCAUUUUUGGUACCAUAUUGUGGAAGUCGAAUGGUGAGGUUCUGCAUAAUGAAGAGGGCGGAUGGUUGAUGCGAACAAAGGGCAAGGAGAGUAAUGAGGGUGGAGUCGCAGCUGGAUUUUCAUCUUUGGAUAGCAUCAUUCUGUACUAG